AUGGGUGAGAUGGCGAAGCCCGAGCUGGAGUCGACAGACAUUCGGAAUAAGUUGGAAGAUCUUUCUGGUGUCGAGAUCAAGCCUGGAGACAACCCUUACAACGCUCUGAUCAACGCUUGUCAUGGUAAUGCGGUACGUUCCUGA